AUGUCGGAACUCCUGAAAUACAACGGGACCUCAGAUCCCAACGAACAUGUCACUGCCUAUACGUGCUCGGUGAAGAGCAACGACAUGAAAGACGAUGAGAUCGAGUCCGUCUUAUCGAAAAAGCCUGGAGAAAUGCUCUCAAAGGGGGCCAUGAUGUGGUAUCACAACAUGGCUCCAAACUCCAUAAAUUCAUUCUCCAUGCUAGUAGACUCCUUUGUAAAGGCACAUAUCGGUGCCAUCAAAGUAGCAAUGAGGAAGGCCCACGUAUUCAAGAUCAAGAAGAGGGAGAAUGAAAUUUUGCGAGAAUUCAUAUCUUGCUUCCGAACGGAACUGAUGGAACUACCCCAGGUCUCCGAUGACUGGGCAGUGCAGGCCUUCACUCAAGGCCUGAACGAGCGAAGCUCAGCGGCCUCAAGGCAACUGAAAGAGAAUCUAGUCGAACUCCUAGCGAAGGAGUCGAAAUCGAACAAAGAUAGGUAUCAGUCGUACCCCAAAUAUAGGAGGAACAUACCGAGAUGCAAUCCACCUCGCAACGAGCGAAUGGUGAACCAAAAACAGAACCCUAGUGGAUUCAUUAGUCUAGGAGGAUUUGACGAGGACACGAGGUCAGCGAGGGCACCUCACCUAUCAGUAUACAAGUCCAACAUCGAUGAACCGGACAUCAUGCUCAUCUUCAGCAAAACCAGGGACACCGGAUGGCCCAGGCCUAUUCUGUCGAAUCCUUCGUAG